AUGCUGAUCGCCCCCCUUCUACUGCUCUGUCAUAUUGCAGUAGCUUCGCUUGUGAUCUCGAUCCCUGCAUCGCCUAUCCUCCCUAACCCUCAAAUGCUCCCUGCCACCACUCAUGCAACCCUGACUACACUUCCUUCUGCUGGCAAUGUCCACGUCCUGACGGCCUCGCUUUCCCACUCGUCUACCCUCGUAUUCCCGGAACUUCCAGCUCAGCAAGAAUCAUACCUCUUGGAUAUACGCUCGUCCGAAUAUGCUUUCAUCCCCUACCGCGUUGAUGUCGCGGCCGAUGGCUCUAUCUUAGGAGUCUGGGAAACUUUUCGUGGGAAUCCGUGGGAUAAUCGGGGCGUAGAAAAGUAUGUGGUCGAUGACUCCCGACAAAGCCCUGACAGUGUGGUCAUCGAGGCAAGAGCCGUGGGCCGACGAGGCUUCUAUGAAGAGAGAGCAAAAUUCUCCCCAUUGAGUUUGGUCAAGAACCCUAUGAUCCUAAUGGCAAUUGUUGCUUUGGGAUUCACCUUUGGCAUGCCAAAGCUCAUGGAAAAUAUGGAUCCUGAAAUGCGAGCCGAGUUCGAGCAGCAGUCGCGUGCGUCUCCUAUGAACGCAGCCACAAGCAAUGCCAUGACUGGAGGCGGUUUUGAUCUAGCUGGAUGGAUGGCCGGAACAUCGCCUGGGCCCAUGGCCAGCACUGAUUCCGCGUCCGGGGGCACUACAGGCCGUGAGUCGAGUAACGCGGCCCGCCUUCGUGGCUGA